AAUUGGUGGUUACGCGCCUAUUUGCAUGGCAAGGCCACAAGGUAGGAGGUGGUUGCUGUAUUGUCCAUCUCUCACUCACUCACUGAGACAAAAGGAGAGAGAGAGAUAUAUAUAUAUAUAUUAGAAUUUGAAUUAACAGAUUUUCAGCGAAGGACUUGGUGACUCGGAUUUUCAGUGCAAGGACUCACACACUCGGAAUUCUCAGGGAAGGACUCUCCGGCCAAUUAUAAAUACUUUCCAUUCCCCCAAAACCGUUCAUCAUGCCUUCCUCCUCAUCACCAACAGUAUUUCUUCUUCUUCUUCACCUUUUUGUUAGAUUAUCGCUUUUCGGGAUGACCAUCCUUGUUGAGCACCCUGACUCUGCGGUUGAGGUGGAAGAAAAGAAGGUCUCUGAUCAGACGGGUGAGGAGAAUGAAUUGGUGUUGGAUGGUGGAUUUGUGGUGCCUCCAACAAACGCAUUUGGCCACACUUUCAGGGAUUAUGAUGUUAACAGUGACCGGAGAGAUGGGGUUGAGGAAUUCUAUCGAAUCAACCACAUUAACCAAAGUGUUGACUUUGUGAAGCGGAUGAGGGAAGAAUAUGGCAAACUGGAUAAGGUGGAAAUGAGCAUAUGGGAAUGCUGUGAACUUCUUAAUGAAGUUGUGGAUGAGAGUGAUCCUGACUUGGAUGAGCCUCAGAUUGAGCACCUCUUGCAGACUGCUGAAGCCAUCAGAAAGGACUAUCCUGAUGAAGGCUGGCUGCAUUUAACUGCCCUUAUCCAUGAUCUUGGAAAGGUUCUUCAUCUUCCUGCUUUUGGAGAGCUUCCUCAAUGGGCUGUUGUGGGUGACACAUACCCUGUCGGGUGUGCCUUUGAUGAGUCAACUGUUCAUCACAAGCAUUUCAAGAAAAAUCCUGACUACAACAAUCCUGCUUAUAACACUAAGUAUGGUAUUUACUCCGAAGGUUGUGGACUCGACAAUGUACUGAUGUCAUGGGGGCAUGAUGACUACAUGUACUUGGUGGCGAAGGAAAACAAAAGCACUCUCCCUUCAGCUGGUCUUUUCAUUGUCAGAUACCACUCAUUUUAUGCUUUACACAGGGCAGGAGCAUAUAAGCACUUGAUGAAUGAAGAGGACAUUGAGAAUUUGAAGUGGCUCAAAAUAUUCAACAAGUAUGACCUUUACAGCAAGAGCAAAGUUCGCAUUGAUGUUGAGAAAGUGAAGCCCUACUAUCUCUCUCUAAUUGAGAAGGUAAAGACCAAUUGUUCUUGUUAUUGGAGCUGGAUGGAAGGAAAUUUUUACUUUCCCGCAAAGCUGAGAUGGUGAACGGUGAAGUUGGGAGCUCUGAAGUUGGAUCAGUAAAGAAAUCAGAUGGAGGUAGCAGCUGAAUAAAAGGCGCGGAUGUAGAACUUUCAAUGUUCUUUUUUCUCUUUGUUCUUGUUUCCUUUUCUUUUACCCCUUUAUGUUUGUUUUGUUAUGAACUUAUGAGGAGGUGCUUUACCUUUUCCCUGAGUUUGUAUAUAAAAAUGCUACCUCUGCAGUUGCAGUUAUUCCAUUGCCGUUGUUCUAU